CCAGCUGCCACACCUCAAACCACGGUGCUACUAUGUCUUUUGAUACAAAACCAGAAGCGUGUAUCUAAAGCCACACCGAACAUCCAUCAAUUCUUUUCUCAGACCACCAUUAAGAAUUGCGGGGGUGUACAUAUAAACCAAAUACACAGCUAAUAACUUCAGACUACUGUUGGCAGUAUGAUGCGCAACGCGUCUCAUCUUCUGCAGUCGCCUAUUAACGUGCUUGCAUUGCGAGAGUAUAUCCGCAAACGAAUCGUUGAAAUACUGGACCAGUCUGGUUCCUCGACCCCCAAGGCUCUGGUACUGGACGAGACGUUAGUGGGUCCAUUAGGAACAAUUGCUGAGUACUCCUGGUUGAAGGAACAUGGGGUGGAAAAACUGUACCAGUUAGAGGAUAUACUGGACACAGAGUUACGGCAUGUUACCUACAUGAUACGGCCCACGGUGCAGCUGGUUAAGACAAUCGCCAAUCACAUUCGAGACGAGCCGUCUAAACGGUACUUCCUGGCCUUCAUCCCGCGAAUGACCAUCCUAUGCGAACAAGCGCUCAUCGCCGAGGGUGUCAUGGGGUAUGUCCUGCUCACUUGCGUGUCAAACUACUUGCGUCAAGUUUACUUGGUUUAA